UAACGUUAAUUAAUGCCCAACCUCUUGUGGGAUGUCGGAAAUUGAAACUAACUGAAAUGUUUGUUUAUUGUCUUCCUUGUUUUGGAAUUGCUUUUCACUGUCAUAAUUAUCCUUUUAUGUGUCUUAAUUCUGUCUCAGUAAAUGAGAUUGUUAUUCAAAGGAAUUAGAUGAGAUGAUUCUUCAUAUGGCUUACGUUAAUGUUUUAGAGUGGUCCCCAGAGCAUGUAGCCGAAUGGUUAAGGGGAUUAGAAUAUUCUUUACUGCCAUACGUUCAAUUCUUCUUGAACAAUGGAAUCGAUGGACAGCAUUUGCUAAAUUUAACUGCAAAUGACUUGGAAGAUCUUCACGUUUUUAAAAUUGGCCAUCAAACACUCAUAUUAGAAGCUGUUGAACUUCUUAGACAAUUGCAUUAUAAUUUGAGUUCAGAGACUCUGCAAUCGUUGGCUGUGAAGCUGAGCUGCAAGGCCCGUAGUUUGCACAAUGAUCUGAAACUGAAUGGACCCCGAGACCAAAAUAACCAACAGGAAAGGGUUUCAAUGAAUGUUUUGUCAUCCGUUUCCGAAGUUUUAACUUCUGUUAAAUCUCUUGUAUCCUGGUUGGAUCGCCUUCCUUUUCAACAAGAUCCUGUCUGUAUCAAGUUGAAAAAGACAGUUUUAAGACUGAGUAUUGAACUUGCAUCCACCACACAAAGGGAUCAAUUUGCAGAAAAACCACACACGCUCAUCAAGAAAAAUUCUGCUCAAAUUGCUGAAUUAUGUGAUCAGUUUGUUCAAAACUCUAUGGACUCUCUGAUACUGCAACCUGCAUCCCUAGAUAUAGCAGUGAUAAAGAAGAAACCAGAUGAAGAAUUGGGUAUACAUAUAAAGUCCACAUAUUCUGGAGUACAUAUAAUUGGAGGCAUUAAAGAUCAAAGUCCAACUAAAUUAUGUAACAAAGUUGAAAAGGGAGACGAAAUAGUUCAAGUGAACUACCAGACAAUAAUUGGUUGGCAGCAAAAGAAGUUAGUAUCCACUAUGACUGAACAUUCAACUGAGUUACAACUAACGUUGAAAAAACGUCCUCGACACAUCAACAUGCUCGGAGAGGUCAUCAUUCUACGUCCUUAUCGUAUACCAUCCAAGAAAACGAGCAAAAAUUGUUAUAACUGGCCCGAUGAUGGUCCACUCUCUCCCUUAGAGGUCAAGUCAAGUGAGAAUGAAUGUGAAAGAAAUGAUUUUCAAGAUGAUGAUUCUGCAUUUCUACCAAUUUCUACUCAGCUACAGCUAUCCAAAGAUUUCCCCAUGCAGUACAGGUUAAUCGAAAGCACCACGUCGACCGGCAUUCAAAGAAGGGCGACAGUUAGUGGAGCAUCACCCAUUAUUCUAAAGUCCCCCGUCAGCAUCGACGAUUUGGUGAACGGAAUAUUUUCUACAAAAUUGACAGACCACUACGGACGCAGCAUCUCUCACGACUCCUCUCGCAAAGCCAAGGCUCCGGAAUUGGUAAACAUAUCGAUUGGAGAACAUGAAAGAUAUUUGUCGUCGUCGAAAGAAAAUUUAGCCGAUAAUUUAUUUAAAGAAUUUAACAACAAUUCGAUCGAACAGGGGACUCCUUUUCCAUUCAAAAGUGGUCAAACGUGUGAUGGUAAAGAGAAUGACUCAGCGUCUUUUGCUACAAAUGUUUCCCCAAUGCAAAAAGAAAAUUUUAGACAUUCAAACGGAAUAAAUCAAGGUGAGGCAGACAGAAGGAUUUCUUUGGAAAAGAGUGAUUCUUCGUUGAGUGUAUCAGAUGGUAGAAAUGGUGAAAGAUCAAGCACUCUGAUGUACAAUUGGGGUCAUGAGCGCAUGGAGUUUCAUGGACGCAGACCCAGUGCUCAUGAUUUAGCCAAUGAAAUUGCCGGUAACAAGGAAACUGAUAUUGAUCCUGUCUUUUUGAGAAAAGCCACGAAGCUGGAGUCUUCCCCAGCAGCCAACGAUGUUAAAGUGCAGAAGCAGACUGAAGACACGAGUAGUUAUCAAGUAGUAAUUGUGGGUGGUGUUCCUCAAAGAUGUGUUCCUGGUAACCGAGAUGAUAAAAACAAAAUUUCAACACCUUUGAGAAAUAAACCAAAGUCUUUAGCUGAACGAAGAAACAGACGUAUAUCUUGUAGAGAUCUUGGAGAGGGUGACUGUGAAGGUUGGCUCUAUAGACAGAAGGAGAGGAAGGGACUCCUCCCUACUAUUCAUCAAUGGACUAAACGAUGGAUAGUUUUAAAAGACUAUUUCUUAUACAUUUAUAAAGAUAAAAGCGACACAAAAGCGGAAUGCCUCAUAUCACUACCUGGAUCAGUAGUCUCUCCCGUUAUUGAGUGCAAGACAAAAAAAUUUGCAUUUAAAAUUUGUCGACAACAAAUGAAUUUUUAUUUGGCAACUGAGUCUAAGAAAGAUUUAACAAAUUGGAUGAAUAAGAUUAGCUUAGCUGCCAUAGCAUACCACCCAAACAAGGACGUAACUACUUAUACCUCUUUGAAAUCGGAUAGUAGCUCAAAUCAAUUCUACAGCGAAACAGAUGAUAGUGAAAAUGGUAGUCCGACACUGACGAGACGCAUUGCCUGUGAGGGUGAAAAAAAUGCAUUUGCCUACGAGUCUUUGUUGAGUAAUCAGAAAUGGGGCAAGACAACUUACUCAGGGUAUAAGAACGUUCCUACUGCUGAGGAAGAACUCGAAGUUCCACAGUACAACAAUCGUAAUUUCUCCUCUUCAUCUGUGUUUCAUAGAAAUACAGAAAAUACAGUUCCAAAAUCAUCGAAUACUCUAAGUGUACACCCUUUCAAUGACUCAUUUUCUUCUGGAAGCAGUAUUAAUAAUUAUUCUGAAAACUCUAUUUCGUCAUCGUAUAAUGUGACAUCCAGCAGUAUUGAAUCGAACAUUCAUUUAAACGGCGAGAAGAGAUGUGCCAUUGGGAGGAGUAAAAAUCCUCCCCAAUAUGAUUCCACGGGAGCUUGUUUGAGGACCUCGGACAGGAGCGCCCUCGCCGCCGAGUAUGAUGCAGCGACGUCCUCUUUGGGCAGACCUCAGAAACCUGUCGUGAAGGAAAUAGCUCCGGGGCUCGUUGCAAGAAUGGCCGUUUCUUACACAAAUUUGAGUAAAAAUAAUGGCACUGGAGGUAAUAAAUUAGAACUGUCGAAGAGCGUGUCGUCUCCCAGAUACGUUACGAAAAUAUCGGACUCCUACAAUUAUUUAGUGAGAAACUCCAAUAAAUUACCUGAUCAGAAUAGUUCUUGGAUAAAGAAGGAUGAAUCUUACGGCUGCAAGAGGAGUGCCUCUGAAAGUCAGGUUACAAAAACAGAUGGUGCUGUGAGUAAAUUUUCUAACUCUUUGAGCAACGAAAUGGGGAAUGAAGACACGGGGUACCGCUACAAACAAAUAAAUUUACCCCACCGAGAGCAAAAAGUCUUCAGUCUGCUUGACAGAGAGUACAACAAAGUUUUUGAAGGAAAGAAGGUGUCGCAGCAUCAGCUCAAAUCGACGUCCAAUCAGAACAAGUUGCUCCAAUCUAUUAAAACGGAACAAAGGGUUGCCGCGAGCCAUUCGGAAAGUUUCCAUUCGAUCAACCUCAAUCAAAAUAUUAAAAAUAGUUUCAGUGAUUUCGAAAAUGUGUCUGCGUCCAGGUAUGACCAUAAAAACAUAUCCAAUAAAGGUUUCUCUUUACCCAGUGGUGGUAAUGUUUCUGAUGAAUUUCAUUAUCAGUAUGGCCACUCUAAUCAGUUAAAGGCUAAAAUUUUAUCUUCUUGCAGUCGACUCAAGAGCUUUGGAUUUAACUCCGAAGACUCGAUUAAAUCGGAAGAUUCCGGCUCGAAGAUUUCACGGCCGUCUCUCGUCGUAGAUUCAGAACAUUGUGGAAAUUCUGUGAGUUCGUGCGAAUUAAACGACGUGUCCGAAGCGACCUCCUCGGACGUCGACUCUCCCAAAAUGGCUUUCAAGUUCUUCAAUUCUCCAAAAUUCAUGAAAAAGCUAACGUCUCCUAAAGUUGAUAAAAAAAAUAUAUUCAAAAUCAAGAAACAAGCAAAGGAGCAGAAGAAAUCGAUCGAACAACAGAAAGAGAACAAACUUCGUCAGAACGAGAAAAAGUUCUUCGGGUCCCCGAAGCUGGUCAGGUCGUUCUUCAGCUCGCCCAAGACGGAGAAGAAGGUGGUGACAGUUUCUUCCAGCGUACAAACAGAUAUUGCACUCAUGCCAGCUAUUCAUGCAGAUACGACUGACAGACACUGUGACUUCAACAGUAAUAAAAAUACUGUUGAGUUGGAGUUGACUCCGAGUGUGACGUCUCGUUUGGACGAAGAAGUCAACAUCUCCAAAAGCAGCAGCAACAGCAGUUUGACGAGCAGCAUCUCGAACUUUCCUUUCACCAACUCUGUUUAUUACGUGGAAGCAAAGAUUGAACCCCAGAUAACUAUCACUUUGCCUCUUGUUCCUGACAACAAGUCAUCCCCAGUGGAACUGUCUCGCACGCCACUGAAACCAAUGAUGGGCGUGGCUAUGCUUGGUAAAAAGCGACUUCCCAGUGUCAGUGGAGAAAGUACAAUUUCGGCGUCUUCUAAGCAUUCUCAAGAUAUUUCAUCCAAUGAAGCAAAUGAGGUUUUGUCAGAGAUCUCCAUGGAAAUAAAAGGUGAUGAUUAUGAAUUCAAAGGUGAUAACAUAUCUGUGCCAAACUUUGAUGAAUCAGAAGACUCACAAACAUCUUUCAGUGAGGUGGUGUGAAAAUACUUUCAGGUAGUUUUUGCAAGCAUUUUCAGAGCUGAAAUUCUGAAUCGAAGAGCUUAUAUAUUGACAAAAAUGUGUUGGAUCCUUUCUCCUAUAAUAGAAGAAUCCCGAUAAUCAAAUAAAUUUAUAUACCUGAUUGGCUAACGGAAUAUAGUGAUCAUAUAUAUUUUUUUUUUCCGAUUGUUCCAGAGUUUCUGAAUCAGAGUAGUCUCAAAACUGGAUAAUUUGGAAAAACCGGAAGAAAACAUGAUAUUUUAUUAAUCUAGAAAAAUAUCAGAUUCAUUAAAAUUACCGAAAAGGUAUCGUAAAUAUAAAAAGGUGUACUGAUUUUGAAGCAGAGGUGCAGAAAAUUCUAAUAUUUCCCUAGAACAUUUUUUUUUUUUUUUNUUUUUUUUUUUUUUUUUUUUUUUUUUUUUUUUUUUUUUUUUGGUUUGACAUUUCCCUUAGCAUUAUAGGGCUUUUUUUGUAGCAUAAGCUUUUAUAAAUAAUUUUAGAAAUUAAAGUUUGUAUAGUGUUAAAAAUUUUUAAUAAUAAUUUUUGUUCGUACAAAAAUAAUGAAAUUCAUUUGCUUUUACACAAUUCUCAAAUAAACUAAUGUAUGUGUGAAUUAUAGAAAUUCCAAAUACAGUACAAAGUUCCUUAUCCGGACGUUUGUUUAUCUGAAACAUCUUUUAAAUUUCCAUACACUCUAACAAUCAAACUAAAAAAAUUUCUUUCCCUUUUUAAACUUUUUUUUUAACGUUCCUUCGCAAUCUGUUAAAAAAAUAUCAAUAAAAAUUUCUUACGAUUUUUAAAAAAAAAAAAUUUUUCGCUACCAAACUAUUUAUUCUGCCUCAGUAAUCUCUCUAAAAGAGUUGUUAAAAAAUGACACAUUAAAGAAAAACAAACUUUAGUGAGAAGAAUUAAAUAUAUGAAUAUUAAUGAAGCCGAGUAGUUAUAGUGUUUGAAAAGAACACCAGCAUACAAGCUUUGUUUCCCUUUAAAUUAUAAAUGUUUGUUACUAACAAAAUCUACUUAAUUCUGUUCUUUUUUUUAUUUUAAUUUACUUUUUGAAAUGAUUUUUUUAACCUCAUUUUUAUCUUAUUAAUUCUUCACCUAAAAUGGGGGAAAAAAGAGAGAGAGAAACGAAUCUUCAUUCAUAAAAGUUCAAGUUAUCGUUUGCCUACUUUUAUUUAUUUUUUAAACCCUAUAAGAAAACGUUGUGUAAAAUUAAAAUUAUCGUCCAUUUGUUUGUUUCUUAUUGAAUAAUGUAUAUUUUUAAGGUCUAUUGUGCAGAAAAAUCUGGUUUAUGGAACUGCCUAAGUCCCCAGGAUUCCAGAUAUGGUUCUUUUCACUGUAUAUUGAAAUGGUAGUGAUUUAUAAAACUAAAUUUAAGAUCCAACUCAAAAACGUAAGCUAAUGAAUAAACAAAUUGACAUGCGUAGUUAUUUGUAUUAUCAUAACUGACAUAACAUUUACAUUUUUCUUUUUAUGCACUAAUUUAAUAUGGAAUAGUGAAUUAAAAAAAUUGUUAAAAUUAAUUUAAAAAUGUAUAUUUUAAUAUUUAAAUGAUGACUUAUUGUUUCAUCUUUCUUACACCUUAUUUGUCCAAAUAACGCAGUUUUACGAUAGUCAGGAAGUGGAACAGUCUUUUAUAAAGAAAUACCAUACACCUAAAAUUACCCCAGAUCUGCAUGAUUUUCUCCCGAGCA